CGACGUCACCAGGCUACUUCUGCUUGACUGCUGUGCGCAGGCUGGUCAGGUCCUGGCGGGAUGGCCACUCUCCUGAGAAAAGCGGCGAGGGUUUCCUUGUCUGGGUCUCUGCUCUCUGCAGGCGGCAGACCUGGCAGACUCUACGCUCUGUCAUACUUCGGUUCCAACAGCAGAAACUCAUCAACAUCGUCCAAAGUCAAGGUGGACCUGGACAACAGCUCUGGUAUUGCUGUGGUGAAGUUCCAGGGUCCUCCGGUCAACAGCAUGGGCAUGGACUUUCUGACUGAGAUGGCCAUCGGUUUAGACAAGCUUGAGCUUGACAAGAACUGCAGAGGAAUUAUUCUGACCUCCGCAGUGCCAAAGGUUUUCUCUGCGGGCCUGGACAUCAUGGACAUGUACGGGAAGACCCUGGAGCACUACGAGCUGUUUUGGAGGAGCGUGCAGGACCUGUGGCUGAAACUAUACAGCUCCAGCAAGAUUAUGAUCGCUGCCAUUAACGGUGCCAGUCCUGCAGGAGGCUGUCUGAUGGCUUUGUCUUGUGACUACAGGAUUUUGGCGGACAAUCCUCGCUACAAAAUAGGCCUCAAUGAAGCGCAGCUUGGCAUAGUCGCACCAUUCUGGUUUAAGGAUUCCAUGGUGAACACUGUGGGCUACAGAAUAGCGGAGGAGUCCAUUCAGUUUGGCGUGAUGUACAGCCCCGCCGACGCCCUGAAGAUCGGCCUGGUGGACCAGGUGGUCCCCGAGGAUAAAGUUUUAAGCACAGCCAAAGAAAAGAUGGAGAAGUGGUUUGACAUCCCAGAUCACGCCCGGCAGAUAAGCAAAUCUAUGAUGAGGAAGCCUACAAUAGACAGAAUGCUGGCCAACAGAGAAACCGACAUUAAAAACUUUGUCGGUUUCAUCUCCAAGGACUCAAUCCAGAAGUCUCUCGAGAUGUACAUGGCCAUGCUGAAGAUGAAGAAGGGUUGAGGGCUGAAUUGGAUCUGGAUGCUGUCGGUUUCAGGUGCCUUCAGUGUCAGGUUAUGUUUCGUUGGGUUAUGUUUGGUUUUUUUUUGUGCCAUUAAAUUUUUUUUCUGGCUCUUUCAGUGUUUUUUUUUUUUUUUUUAAAUUAAGCUUCACUUAGAAUCCUGCAGUUUGUCUCGUGGCAGUGAAACUGUCUGGCUUUAAUUUGAUUUGAUUGCAAUUCAUUAAAUAUCAAAGUAGGGCAAUACAGACAAUAACAACAAUAUAUGAAACUUUUUCACAUUUAAAUAGUCAGAAUUUUAUUUUAGAGCAAAUUAUGCACAAACGUGAUCGUUGGGAUAAAACUGUACAGCAUACACAACACCUAGUGUCAGUUCAUCUGACCGUUUCUCAGGUGAAAUGGAUAAAAUCGGCCUUUUCAUCAGUCGUUGCUGGAGUCAUCAUAAAGGUUUAUGCAGGUAUAAUGUAGCCUUAUCAAUGCUGCCCAUCAGUAAAGUGUUACUGAAUGUUAUGAUGCAUUAUAAACUGCCUUCGCAUGUCCUUUAACCCUCCUGUUAUCUUUGGGGUCAGUUUAUCCCCAUUCAUUGUACGUUUCUAAAUAAAUAAAUGGCUUUUUUGCAUUUUG